GACAGUCAGUAGACGGGAGCUGAUAAGACGAAAUGCUCUUGAUUACACUCGGGAGAGAAAUGCUUUCAGGAAUGCGGUCCCUGUAGCACCAAGAUGAAGAUCAACAACAGUCCCGAUGCAGAGACGGAGCAACUGACGUCAAACAACAACAACAAGCGGGCGUGAUUGUUUCUUGCCCCUGUACUGUAGUGACCUGAAGGGCGUGUGUGGGCGUGGGAUGGCGCUGCAGGCGGUGGGCGACGCAGUGAGGCGGAGGCUGGAUGGCAGGCAUGGCCAGCAUCCCAGCUUGGCAAGGUGCCCCACAGCCACAGCUCCCCAAAGGACAGAUGCCACAGCUCCCCACAGGACAGAUGCCAUAGCUACAGCAGCUCACCUCUGUAGUCGGUGCCUGCCCUGUACAGCAAUUUCAGUCUGGAGGUUCUGGCUGUGUAAGAGCGCUGGUGCUGCCUCGAGUAAGAUCGAGGCACUUGCACCAGCAUGUCACUGGAGGUGGUGGUCCUGGAUUCCCUCUGGACAGCUCGUGGUGGGAGCCUUAGCGAGCUGAGAUGAGGGACCUCCAGAACCCGGGACUUGUGCUGGACCACCAGCGCCGACACGUCCCGCCGAUGCUCCAGCGACGUGACUCCAGUCUGCUCCUCCUGCUGCUGCUGCUGUCUGUCCAUCCCCACCAAGCUCAGGGCACGUCGUUGCACAGCAUCCAGUCUCUGCAAGUGGGUGGGGGUACUCGACAUCCAGGACAAGGCACUGUACUCCAUACAAGGCCGUAUCUGAGCCUUGUACAGUGUGAGGAUGCCCCGGGAGUCGAGGUUUCCUGACAUCCAACGCAGUGCAGAGACUCGCUGGGAGACCUGGUGGGCAACAGCAGCAACAUGGCGGUCAAAGCGCAGGCCACAGUCCACUGUCACUCCCAGCAACUUGACGUGUUCCUGGAGGGGAAGUGUCUGGCCUCCAAAACUCAGACAGCCUGAGACGGCUGGGGAGGCAGCUGGGGACCGUGAGAUGACCAUGGCCUGCGUCUUUUCUGGAGCGAAGCUGACUUGCCACGCCUCUCCCCACUCCAUCACCAGCCUGAGCUGCCUAUUCAGCUCUCUAACGGCUCGCUGACUGUCGGAGCGGCAGUAGGAGCGGGAGAGACUGCAGUCGUCGGCGUAUGCAAGCAGAGUCGGUAUUUGCCGCAGGAGGUCAUUGAUGUAUAUGUUCCACAGGAUCGGGCCCAACACUGAACCCUGUGGAACUGAGGCCUAUAUAGGCCUGCCUCUCUCUCUCUCUCUCUCUCUCUCUCUCUCUCUCUCUCUCUCUCUCUCUCUCUCUCUCUCUCUCUCUCUCUCUCUCUCUCUCUCUCUCUCUCUCUCUCUCUCUCUCUCUCUCUCUCUCUCUCUCUGAAGCAUACAUAUACAACAACAUUGCUGGUUCUUUCACUAUACAUUCAUUAUACAGUAGUGAAUGCAUGAUGUAUAAAUUUUAUUUGCCUCAUUGCACCACAAUACAGGUAGCAGAAUCCUUGUGGUGUUUAUAGAUUCAUACUUUUAUCCAUUUGUUCAGGUGUUUAUUGUUCCAGUGUGAAAGUUGUGAUUUUUUAAGACUUUUUUUGUCCUGUAAAAGUUUGUGGUGUUACAGACACACACACACACACACAUGCACACACGUCGUCGUCGAGUAAACAAGCAGUGAUCCAAGCUCCAGCAGAGAAAGAUUUUGUUUGACCACGGCCACCACUAGGAGCCUAGAAUGUGUCUGCAGGUAGGAGCUGUGCUCAAGUAGAGUUGUCCUGUCUCCAGAAAUAAAGAAAUAAGGGAAAAUUUAAGUAAUAACAGAGGUAAUAAAAUGAGUAAAAGCUCUAGCAAGGCGGACACCAUAGGUGGGAGUGGAGUGUUGCCAACAGUCACCAUUCUCGGGAUUUGAGGAAGAUGAUGAAUUACAUGAUAAAAUGCAAGGAAGGAAAGUGUCUUUGAUGGAAGGGAUGAUCAGUGACCUCAUUGAAAGAGUGAAAAAAUUAGAAGAAAAACAACAUGACCUGGAAGAGGAAAACGAAGAAUUGAAAACACUAUGCGCUGAUCUAGAAACAAAAUUGAAGGAAAACAAUGAUAUUGUAAAAAAAAAAAAAAAACAGAAAAAUGAAGUGAUAGGGAUGAAAAGUGAACACCAAAUCUGGAGGAAGGAAAAAGAGGAAGAAAAAGUUAAUUUUACAGAAAUCAUAGAAGUGGAAAAGAAGGAAAAGACAGAUUUAAGUAAAGAAAUUGUGAAAGUGAUCAAACAGAAGGAAUCGAUGGUAAGGGACACAGUGGACAAAAAAAGAAAUGUAUUGUUAUAUAUGGAUUAAAAGAGGAAACAGAGCCAGUAAGAUACAAGAGGGAAAGAGAACAAAAAAAAGGUAGCAGAAGAUGUUGUAAGAAAUAUACAGAGAGAAGAUUAGGACUGGGUAAGUGAAAUUGAGGAAAUGCAUAGACUGGGGAAGUGUAUAGAAGGAGGAGAGCGACCACUGAAAGUAAAAUUUAGGGCACAAACAACAGCUAUGGAAGUGAUAUCGAAUGUGUGGAAACUGGACAAGACAGAGCAAUACAGGAAAGUUUGGAUAAAGAGGGACAUGAAUGAGGAGGAGAGACUCAAGGUAAGCGAUCUAAUAAAAGAAGCAAAGACAAAAAACGAGAACUGAACAGAGGAAGAGAAAAAAAAAGUUCUUUGGAAGGUAAAAGAUGAGAGGCUCAGGAAGUGGUAUCUGACAAAAGAAGAAUAGAAAAUGUAAAUAAUAUAUAAAAAAAAUAAAGAGUGGACAGUGGCAUAUACAAAUAUAAAUGGUUUAACAUCAACAUUACGAGAAUUGAAUAAUUAUACAGUAAAAUCCCUCUCAUCUGGCAUUUGAGUAUCCGGCAGCUUCAAGUAUCCGGAACAUUUUUCCCCGAGCCUUAAAAUCAAUAAAAAAUCAAUGUGUACUCAUAAAAUCGAUUAAAUUAUGAUUAAUUAUGAGGACAGCACAAUCCCUGAGUUCCAAAAACAGUUUAAUGUUAAGGAUGCGAUAUUCAUGGCUUCACUUGCUUGGCUAGACGUUAAAAGGCAAACAUUGAUGCGAUGUUGGCGCAAAUUGUACCCUUUGAUGAUGUGUGAUGAUGAGGAUGAUGAGGAGUUUGAAGGGUUUGUAGGUGGCAUGAAAAAUUCGGUGGUGAGCGAGCUGAGGGAAAUGGGGGGGAAAUGUGCAACUUAAAGUGACAGAUGAAGCGUUACAGGAAUGGGUGGACGUGGACGAAAAUCAGGCCGUAACAUUCCCUCUCACAGACGAGGAACUUAUCAACGCUGUAGUAGAAGAUCAUUUAGAGAAAAUUAGUGAUGAUAGUGAUGAUGAUGAUGAUGAUAAUGAGCCUAAAGUAACUUGGGAACAGGCUGUGAAACACAAAGCUGGCUUUGUCAGGUUUGCUGAGCAGUGCACAUACAUGUCAACCCGAGAUGUUAUGACCCUUCACUGCAUUGAGAAUGAGUUUUUGCUGCAAAGAAGAAGGGGCUGCAAACAAGGAGACAUUAGAAACUAUUUUAAAGUAGCUUGUAAGGGAAAAGAAGUGGGGCAAACAAGUACAGAAUCUGAUGAUGUUGAUGACCCGGAGGGUGUUGAAUGAGAGGUGUGGGGAACGAAAAAGUGUCACAAACACUCGUACAUUUUCAUAUCUUUAUUGUAUGCUAUACAUGUUGGCUAAUAUUGAAUAAAGCAAAUAAGUGUAUACGUACUUUAUUUUUGUAACCCAUCAACUUAUUUAUAAGAGGAAAGUAUUAAAGAGAAUGUUAGUACAGUAGUAUUGUGUGUUGGUGAGUGUGAGGUGGCAGCGCGGGUGGCGACGUGUGGCACGGUGAUCAGCUGAUCUUUGUUAUGGUAAGAUGUGUGAGUGUAGGGUGGUGAUUGUGGACAUAAUUUCACUUCUAUUCAAGUAUCCAGCAUGCUUCAAGUAUCCGGCAUGUCGGCGGUCCCGUUGAUGCUGGAUAAGAGGGAUUUUACUGUAUUAAGAUAAAGCAGUCCGACAUCAUGGCUGUUACUGAAGUUAAACUAAAUGAGACAACAGAAAAUAUAAGAAUUGGUGAAACAACAGAAAAUAUAAGAAUUGGUAAUAGUAAUUAUAAUGUGUGGAUAAAACAUAGAAAUAGUAAGAAAGGGAGAGGAGUCAUGUUACUUACAAAGAAGAGUAUAACAGUGGAAGAGGUUGAAAUAGAAGAAGGAAUGGCAGAAGUAAUUAGAAUUCAAACAAAAAGGAAAGGAGAAGGAAGAAGAGAUUUUACAGUGGCUUAUGUACCCCCAAAGACAAAUGCAUGGACACAAGAGGAUUAUAAAUUAUUGUUAAGAGAUACUAGUAAUUGUUUGGAGAGAACACUGGCAGAGAGUAACAAUAUAACACUUAUGGGUGACUUUAAUUACAAGGAGGUAUGCUGGGAAGAGUGGACCAUGGAAGGGGGUGAAGAGUCAUGGGGAUAUAUGCUUCAAAAUUUAAUAAUGACAAAUACUAUGACCUAGUGGAUUGGAGAAAAUACAAGAUUUUGUGGUAAUGAAGAGGCAUCAAGGCUAGACUUGGUGUUUACAAAGGAAAUGGACAUCAUCGAAGGAAUAAAUUAUCGGUGCCCACUAGGUAAAAGUGACCAUCUGUUAAUUGAAUUCAGUAUAGGCAUUGGUCCAAUAAAAAAAUAGGAAUGAAAUUUACAAGAAUGGGAGAUAUAAUUACAGGAAAGCAGAUUUUAUCAGGUUGAGGGAAUAUUUGCAGAGGCUAAAUGGAAACAAUUGUUCACAGCAAGCAGUACACAGGAAAAGUGGGACAUAUUCAUGGAAAUUUAUAAUGAAGGGGUCAGUAGAUAUGUACCAAAGAUCAAAACAAAGAAAGUAAAAAGGAAAAAAAGACUGGUUUAAUAUUAGAUGUAUAACAGCAAGAAAAGAAAAAGAAGCAGCAUGGAAUAAAUGGAGAAAAAAGGAGGAAGUGAGAAAUGGGAAGAUUUCAAGAAGGCAAGAAACAAAUAUAUCAGAAUCCUGAGAGAUGAAGAAAGGAAUUAUGAGAAAGAUAUAGUUAACAAAUGCAAAGAUGAGCUGAAGUUAUUCUUCAGAUAUGUGAAUGGGAAGAUGAAAAAGAGGCAAACAAUAGAUAAAUUAACGAAAGAUGACAUUACAUACGAAAAUACACGGUUACAAGCGGAAUUAAUGAACAAAUGCUUCCAGUCAAUAUUUACCAAAGAAAGCAAAUUUGAAGGAGAAAGAGCAUGGCACAGAGACAAUGUGAUGAGAGAGAUACAGGUGGACAUGAGUGAAAUUAAGAAGAUUAUGAAAGAUUUGGAUGUAAGUAAGACUCAAGGACCAGAUGGAGUGUCCAACUGGAUACUUAAGGAAUGUUGUGAACAACUGGUAGAAGGUAUACACAGUACCAUAGUAUGUUCUUUUAAGGAAGGAAAAAUUCCUCUAGACUGGAAGAGAGCCAAUUUUGUGCCCAUUUUUAGAGGUAAUAAAGAAGAUCCAUUGAAUUAGACCAGUGUCUCUAACAAGCAUGGUGGCAAAAACAGCAGAAAGAAUAGUUAAAAACAAAUGGAUGGAAUAUUUAGAAGAAACACAUACAUUAACUGACAGACAAUUUGGUUUCAGAAGUGGAAGAUCUUGUGUCACGAAUUUAGUGAGCUUUUAUGGUAGAGCAAUUGAUAUAAUUCAAGAGAGAGAGGGUUGGGCAGACUGUGUUUAUUUAUACCUAAAAAAAACAUUUGAUAAGGUACCACACCAGAGACUGAUAUGGAAAAUUAAAAAUAUAGGGGGUUUGCAAGGAAACACACUGAAUUGGAUUACAGACUUCUUGAGGGAUAGAGAAAUGAGAACAGUAAUAAAGGGAGUAAAAAUCAGAAUGAUGUAGAGUUACAACUGGAGUAGCACAGGUCUUAGCCCCCGUAAUGUUUCUGGUGUAUGUCAACGAUAUGGUGGAUGAGGUUGACAGUUAUAUAAGUCUGCAGAUGAUGUAAAAUUAUUGAAAAGAAUGGAAAACAAUAUGGAUUGUGAAAUAUUACAGAAAGAUCUAAAUAAAAUACAUAAAUAAAAUACAUAAAGUAAGAAAUGAAAAAUCGAAUUCAAUGCAAAGAAAUGCAAGGUGAUGGAAUUAGGAAAAAGCAAAAGAAGAUUGGUAAGUUCCUACACCAUGGGAGAAGUGGAAAUUAAGAAAACCAAAGAAGAAAAGACUUAGGAAUUACAAUCAGUGAUAAUUUAUCACCAGAAAAACAUGUAAACAAAAUAGUUGGGGAAACCUAUGAGUUAACUAAGAAAGGUGAAAGGGGCAUUUGCUUACAUGGAUGAAGAGAUGAUGAAAAAGUUGAUGGAAUAUGUGAUUCGAUCAAAACUAGAAUAUGACAUAAUUGUUUGGUCACCCUAUAAUAAAAAGGAACUAAGGAAAAUAGAAAGGAUCCAAAGAGCUGCAACCAAAUUGCUACCAAAUUUGAGAGAUUUAACCUAUGAAGAAAGAUUAAGGAGAGAAAAAGAGGAGACCUGAUUGCUAUAUACAGAGCUUUAAGAGGUAAGGAUAAAGUUUGUAAUGAGACUGAAACGUGGCAACUCCAAGCUUUAUUCAACAAAAUACCAGGCUCUCAUAUCUGUAACAGAUACAGACAAAAAAAAAUAACUACCAACAAUUACACAACACAUUAACUCAAUAUAAACAAUUAAUGACAAUCAUGCAACACAGCACGAACAUAGUACAUAACAGGACAAAACAACAUAAAUACACACACAAACUCACACAUUAACAGAAGGAAACAGCUGGGUCUGCACUGGCCUGUGGUACCAUUGUGACUGACAAUACACAGUGCUACCAAACAUGAAAACAGUAACACCAAUCAGUGUUGCCAAUGUACAAUAAUUACCACAUUCUCCCCUCCUAGAAAAAUUCAACAUUAACAAAAUGAGUUCCAGGUAGAUAUCCGAACAUAUCAGGUUUAAUCCCAUCCGUAACGAUCGGGGGGCUUCAACACACGAGUUGACCUCCUUAACUCAAUGGGCCCAGUGGGUGAAUGGGAAUCAUGAUUAUUAUGAGGUUGUACACCUUGGGUUUUGGGUGAACCUGGGGUCUCUAUAUUUCCUCGUGCUUCAUCCUGGUGCACAGGAGUCGUCGGACUCUCAGGACUUGGAGCUAAGUCACGGAUAGACACGGUUGACUCGUGGCCAUCUGGAUAUUUGACACUUGCAUACAUUGGGUUCACAUCAACAAGUUCUGCCUGAUCAGUUAAUGGUUCGUGUUUGCUAGACCUAACAUGCCAUCGCAAUAACACUUGUCCAGGGGUCAAAAGCCAUGAUGGUAAUCCAUUUCCAAAACUAGAACGUCGUUGAAACCUGAAGAAACGUUCAUGUGGGGUCUCAUUGGUUGCAGUACAUAAGAGUGAUCUUAUUGAAUGCAAAACCUCAGGAAGCACCAUCUCCCAGUGUUGAUUCCUCAAACCAUGAGAUGCAAGUGUUAAGCAAACAGCUUUCCAAAUAAUUCCGUUGUACCUCUCAACCUGGCCAUUACCCAUUGGGUGAUAAGGUGUUGUUUUGCUUGUUGCUAUCCCUUUCUGAGAAAGGUACAGCUUCAGUUCUUGAGAAAUAAAAGAAGGACCUUGAUCUGAAUGAAUAAAACUUGGCAUUCCACAAAGACUGAAGAUAGACUCAAGACAUUUGAUUACUGUUUUUGAAUGCAUAUUUGGACAAGGAAGUGCAAAAGGAAAACGUGAGUAUUCGUCAACAACUGUAAGUAUGUACUUAUUGUUUGUGGUGGAAGGCAAAGGUCCUUUGAAGUCAAUGCUAAGGCGUUCCAUCAGUUGUGUGACUUUAAUGAGGACCCCUUGUGCUGAAUGAUGGAAUUGUGGUUUUUGCUGUGCAUAGACCUUACAAGUAGCACACACCUUUUUCACAUCAUCUGUUGAGAAGGGAAUGUUCUUAGACCGCACAAAAUGCAAAAGCCGAGUUACCCCAGGGUGGCAAAGAUUCUCAUGGAUGUCAGUGAGAUUCGACAUUGAGGAAACAGAACAGCAGUAUGCACGAGUCAAGGUAUCCGGUGCAACAUUCUGUUUCCCAGGACGAUACUGUA